CCAGCCUGCCCGAGGAGCGCGAGGACCAGCGCGCGGCGCAGCGACCGCACGAUGGCCUCGUCUCAGGGGAAGAACGAGCUGAAAUUCGCCGACUGGAUGGCAACUCUGCCCGAGAGCAUCCACAGCGUCCCCCUCACCAAUUUAGCCCUCCCAGGAUCUCAUGAUUCCUUCAGCUUCUACAUUGACGAAGCCUCUCCAGUGGGGCCUGAACAGCCAGAAACUGUCCAGAAUUUUGUCUCUGUGUUUGGAACUGUGGCCAAAAAGCUGAUGCGGAAAUGGCUAGCCACUCAAACUAUGAACUUUACUGGUCAGCUAGGAGCUGGGAUCCGUUAUUUUGAUCUUCGAAUUUCCACCAAGCCCAGAGACCCCGACAAUGAACUCUACUUUGCUCAUGGUUUGUUCAGUGCCAAAGUCAAUGAAGGCCUUGAGGAGAUCAAUGCAUUCCUCACAGAUCACCAUAAGGAGGUAGUAUUCUUGGACUUCAACCACUUUUAUGGGAUGCAGAAGUAUCACCAUGAAAAACUCGUCCAAAUGCUGAAAGACAUCUAUGGAAAUAAAAUGUGCCCAGCGAUUUUUGCCCAGGAAGUGAGUCUAAAGUACCUGUGGGAGAAGGACUACCAAGUGCUGGUCUUCUACCACAGUCCAGUGGCUCUGGAAGUACCCUUUCUCUGGCCUGGGCAGAUGAUGCCAGCACCCUGGGCCAACACCACAGACCCGGAAAAACUGAUCCAGUUUCUUCAGGCAUCCAUCACUGAGAGAAGGAAGAAGGGAUCAUUUUUUAUAUCUCAGGUGGUGCUGACCCCCAAAGCUAGCACCGUGGUCAAAGGAGUGGCCAGUGGUCUCAGAGAAACGAUCACAGAAAGAGCCCUUCCUGCCAUGAUGCAGUGGGUCCGCACGCAGAAGCCAGGAGAGAGUGGCAUCAAUAUUGUCACUGCCGAUUUCGUAGAGCUUGGUGAUUUCAUCAGCACUGUCAUAAAGCUCAACUAUGUCUUUGAUGAAGGGGAAGCCAACACUUGAUAGUACCAUUUAGAGUGCCAGUGAAUAAGAUAGAGAAAACUCACUGUAUUAGGCAUAUUAUGUAUAAACACUCUGAUCUUCCUAUUCCACUGAGUCUCUGAGGGAAUAAGGGCUGAAAGUGGGUGGGAAAAGGGGGAAACCAUUUCUUCAGUGAUUAUUAUCAUACUCUUCAUUACUAUAAAUAUUUCAUUUCCCAUUUGAUGAGCAAAACCUACUUCUAGUGUUAGGAAUAAAAAAAGACUAGUAAAUUUCGUUUCUCAGAAUUAGUUUUUGUAACUUAUGAGUGUUUACUUGAUUGUGUUUCUGAUUUCAACCUAGGGCUCCUACACUGUGUAUCCUCUAAAUGAACCUUUCUACUCCCUCUCUCGCUCGCUCUUUUUAAUCAGAUGCUAUAUGGGACUUAAAAAUAACUAAAUGCCCAAAAUAACGUGAUUAUCAAUACAUUGUUGUACUGAAACGUACUUGUUUUGUGGGACCUGGUAUAAUAUUCUGCAGUCUGCAAUCUCACUAACUUUGGGUCAUAAACAGUAUGCAUCAAAUCAGUUUCCCUGCAAAAGUAAUAUUGGUGGCCAUAAUCAGUAAUUUUUGUGUUAUAUAAAAACAAUAGUGUUUCACAGUAUUUCUAUUUAAGGCAGCUAUAAAUAUAGAGUAAAAACUUUUGUGGAAGAACUAUUAGUGCCAACUCCAUAGUGAAAAAUGGGGGUGGGGGAAGAGAUGGGUGUCAUUUUAAUUCAGAAAUCUCUUAAAUAAUAUUGUCCUACAAAUGCUUAGUAAAUGAAAAAUUAUGACAAGUGUUGUUAAAAUCAGAAAACU